AUGGAUCAUCAUCUAAUAUCUGAGAUAGAACCUGGGGUUCUAGUCAAUGUUCCUUCUGAGCUGAGGAUAUCUGAGGUAGAACCUGGGGUUCCAGUCAAUGUUCCCUCUGAGCUGAGGAUAUCUGAGAUAGAACCUGGGGUUCCAGUCAAUGUUCCCUCUGAGCUGAUGAUAUCUGAGGUAGAACCUGGGUUUCUAGUCAAUGUUCCCUCUGAGCUGAGGAUAUCUGAGGUAGAACCUGGGGUUCCAGUCAAUGUUCCCUCUGAGCUGAGGAUAUCUGAGCUAGAACCUGGGGUUCCAGUCAAUGUUCCCUCUGAGCUGAGGAUAUCUGAGGUAGAACCUGGGGUUCCAGUCAAUGUUCCCUCUGAGCUGAGGAUAGCUGAGGUAGAACCUGGGGUUCUAGUCAAUGUUCCCUCUGAGCUGAGGAUAUCUGAGGUAGAACCUGGGGUUCUAGUCAAUGUUCCCUCUGAGCUGAGGAUAUCUGAGGUAGAACCUGGGGUUCCAGUCAAUGUUCCCUCUGAGCUGAGGAUAUCUGAGGUAGAACCUGGGGUUCCAGUCAAUGUUCCCUCUGAGCUGAGGAUAUCUGAGGUAGAACCUGGGGUUCCAGUCAAUGUUCCCUCUGAGCUGAGGAUAUCUGAGGUAGAACCUGGGGUUCCAGUCAAUGUUCCUUCUGAGCUGAGAAUAUCUGAGGUAGAACCUGGGGUUCCAGUCAAUGUUCCCUCUGAGCUGAGGAUAUCUGAGGUAGAACCUGGGGUUCCAGUCAAUGUUCCCUCUGAGCUGAGGAUAUCUGAGGUAGAACCUGGGGUUCCAGUCAAUGUUCCUUCUGAGCUGAGAAUAUCUGAGGUAGAACCUGGGGUUCCAGUCAAUGUUCCCUCUGAGCUGAGGAUAUCUGAGGUAGAACCUGGGGUUCCAGUCAAUGUUCCCUCUGAGCUGAGGAUAUUCCGGUCAAAAUCUGCCCCUGCAGAGAAGCCACCUCCUCCUUCUCCACCAGCACCUCCCCCUGCUCCACCACCACCUCCUCCUUCUCCACCAGCACCUCCUCCUUCUCCACCAACACCUCCUCCUUCUCCACCAGCACCUCCUCCUUCUCCACCAGCACCUCCUCCUUCACCAGCACCUCCUCCACCACAACCUCCUCCUUCUCCACCACCACCACCUCCUCCUUCUCCACCAGCACCACCUCCUCCUUCUCCACCACCACCACCACCUCCUCCUUCUCCACCAGCACCUCCUCCUGCUUCACCACUUCCUCCUCCUCCUCCACCACUAUCACUUACUCCUUCUCCUGCUCCACCAGCACCUCCUCCUUCUCCACCAGCACCUCCUCUUGCUCCACCACCACCUCCUCCUUCUCCACCACCACCACCUCCUCCUUCUCCACCACCAGCACCUCCUCCUUCUCCACCUCCUCCUUCUCCACCACCACCUCCUCCUUCACCACCAGCACCUCCUCCUUCUCCACCACCACCUCCUCCUUCUCCACCAGCACCUCCUCCUUCUCCACCACCACCUCCUCCUUCUCCACCACCACCUCCUCCUUCUCCACCAGCACCUCCUCCUUCUCCACCUCCUCCUUCUCCACCAGCACCUCCUCCUUCUCCACCACCACCUCCUCCUUCUCCACCAGCACCUCCUCCUUCUCCACCAGCACCUCCUCCUUCUCCACCAGCACCUCCCCCUUCUCCACCAGCACCUCCUCCUUCUCCACCAGCACCUCCUCCUCCACCACCAGCACCUCCUCCUUCUCCACCAGCACCUCCUCCUUCACCACCUCCUCCUUCUCCACCAAAGUGGCUCCGAAGUGGUGUUGCGGCUCCUCGCCCGCAGCGGAUCCGGAGCUGGGAGUGUCUGCAGCGGGAGGAGCUGGCGGAGGACCCCUUGCAUCACCGCAGGGACCAAAGACCGGUCAGGUGA